AUAUAUCUCUCGUCAAACUCGCUGUCGAAAUUCCCAUGAGCGCGGUGCCACCACCAAGUCCAAGCCAUAGCCAUGGACAGCGGUGUUGGUGUCGUCGUCGUUACAGUACUGCAGCUUAUUGCGGUGACGAUAUCCAUCCAACUGGCGCUCGCCGCCGGCGGCAACACGGUGCCGCCGGCGCUGUACGUGUUCGGCGACUCGAUCCUAGACGUCGGGAACAACAACUACCUGCCGGGGGCCGACGUCCCCAGGGCCAACACGCCCUACUACGGCGUCGACUUCCCCGGCGGCGCGAGACCCACCGGCCGCUGGAGCAACGGCUACAACGUCGCCGACUUGAUAGCGAAGGCUAUGGGAUUCGAGAUGAGCCCGCCGGCGUACCUGUCGCUCACGCCGCCCUCCAGCCGUCUCGUCAUCAGGGGGCUCGGAGGAGUGAAUUAUGCCUCUGGAGGAGCUGGGAUUCUCGACUCCACUUUCGCCGGCACGAACAUCCCGUUGUCGAAGCAGGUGCGCAACUUCGGCGUGACCAGGGCUCAGAUGGUAACGACCCUGGGCUCCACCACGGCGAACCACCUGCUGUCCAAAUCCCUCUUCCUCCUCGCCAUCGGCACCAACGACAUGGCCGCGUUCGCCAUCACGCACCAGCAGCAGCACAGCGACGUCGCCGCCUUCUACUCGAUCCUCAUCUCCAACUACUCGGCCGCCAUCACGGAGUUGUACGGGAUGGGCGCGAGGAAGUUUGGCGUCAUCAACGUCGGGCAGAUCGGGUGCGCGCCGCUCCAGCGUCUGCAGAGCCCCGCCGGCGCGUGCGCCGACGCCGUGAACGCGCUCGCCGCCGGCUUCGACGGCGCGCUCCGGUCCCUCUUGGCCGGCCUCCCGCACGGCCUGCCCGGCCUCGCCUACUCGCUCGGCGACCUGUACGGCCUGAUGCGGGCCACCAUAGCCGACCCGCGGGCAGCCGGGCUGGCCAACGUCGACGCCGCGUGCUGCGGCGGCGGCCGGCUGGGCGCGCAGAGCGGCUGCCUGCCCAACUCCACGCUCUGCGCGGACCGCCGGAGCUACCUCUUCUGGGACUACGGCCACCCCACCCAGCGCGGCGCCGCGCUCGUCGCCACGGCCUUCUACGACGGCCCGGCCCGCUUCACCCGGCCGCUCAACUUCAAGCAGCUCAUGUGCUGAGCUGAGCGUACGUGGCGGAUGACUAGUGGUACUCGGACCAUCACCGUAUUAUGCAGGUCUCCUGUAUGUCUUCUUUUUUACCUUCAUUUGAUUAUUCACAUGUGAACGAAGAUCUCCUGUACGUAAUUUCCUUCAAAAAAAUUGUAGGGCACGAUCGAGACUAAAUUCUUAUUGUGCAAGUCAGCUGUGAGGCACCCUGCGAUCAGUCAGCUAA